AUGCAGCUUGCAGGAAAGGGCAACUCGCGAGGGUCCCAUUCAAUAUCGAGAGGAGGUUGGAGCACCACCAGCACCACUGCAUCAGUACCAAGCAAAAGCAUCAAUCAGAAGCAGAAGCAGAAGCAGAAGCAGAAGCAGAAGCAGAAGCAGAAGCAGAAGCAGAAGCAGAAGCAGAAGCAGAAGCACGAGCCUGUCUGUCCCGAAUUGUCGGGCGAGUUCCGGAUAUUGCCCAAUGGUCCUUGCUGA